GAGCCGCUGAGAUUUUAUCCCGGUGCUCAGAUUUUGGGUGGUGGCUGGAAGAGCUCUGGAAUGCAGCUUGCUCGAUCACUUAGCCUAACUAACUAACUCACUCACUAACUCACUAACUGAGUGUGUGUGUGUGUGUGUGAGUGAAGAACUUCUGCGAGCUUGGCUUGUUUUGCUGUGUCGUUGGGCUCCGAGUGUCUGCGGAGGCGAGCUAACCCGCUAAACCCGCUGAACCGGGAGUCGCGGUAUUCCCGAGCGCUUCCAGCCGAGGCGCCGCUGAGAGAACACCGUUCACAGAUGCAGGCCAUAAAGUGCGUGGUGGUGGGAGACGGAGCAGUGGGAAAAACAUGUCUUCUGAUCAGCUACACCACCAAUGCCUUCCCCGGGGAGUACAUUCCCACAGUGUUCGACAAUUAUUCUGCAAAUGUGAUGGUUGAUGGGAAGCCAGUGAACCUGGGGCUGUGGGAUACAGCAGGACAGGAGGACUAUGACAGGCUCCGACCACUCUCAUACCCUCAAACGGAUGUGUUUUUAAUUUGCUUCUCACUUGUGAGCCCUGCGUCAUUUGAGAAUGUUCGUGCCAAGUGGUAUCCUGAAGUGAGACAUCACUGCCCCAACACACCAAUUAUUCUUGUUGGGACCAAGCUUGAUUUAAGAGAUGACAAGGACACUAUUGAGAAGCUGAAAGAGAAGAAGCUCACUCCCAUCACUUACCCACAAGGCCUUGCUAUGGCUAAAGAAAUUGGAGCUGUGAAGUAUCUGGAGUGCUCAGCCUUAACCCAGCGUGGCCUUAAGACAGUGUUUGAUGAAGCCAUCCGUGCAGUACUGUGCCCGCCGCCACUCAAGAAGAAGAAGAGGAAGUGUCUGCUGCUCUGAAGUGACCGCAUUUAAAGAACCGGCUGCAAUCUGAGCUCACCUGAGAAGAGGAGUCAGGAACGGUGGGGAGUAUGUGUUAGAGUGCAAGAGGGAAGACUCUUAUGAUGAAUCAUACCCAUACAAAUAUGUCUCUCUCACUCAUGUAUUGUAAUUAAGACUUACUUCUGUAUAACUGACUCUAUAACUGGCUCCUGGAGUUUGUCUCAAGGAGAGGGUGGAUGGCUUUUCCUAGUUAAUGUACCCCUCACACUAAAAUUCCUGCUGCCUUGUAAUAAUGUACUUUUUUCAUGUUUAUGUAAAGUUAAACAAAAACUCACCCCCCCUUUCCUCCAUGUGGGCCCAUAUAUUUUGUUUACAGUCUGCUUUUUUGUUUUUAUAGAAAAUGAAGAAUUGCCAAAACCUAAACCUACCUGUAAUGGCUUUUACUUAAAUUGUGCACACUAAACCUCUUUUUUUUUGUUUGUUUUUAAGGGAAGCCCCUAGGCAACAACUAAUUUCCAGAAAUCUUGAAAGAAGGUGUUGACAUGGACAAUACAAACGUUUUGAAGUGUAGUAGAGGGCUUAAUUUGUUCUACUGCUGUUUUACAUUUUGUGCUAAUAUCUGCUGCAGAUAGUCAUGCAGUCAUUGUGAGAGGGCUUUUAUUAUUUCACUUGUAUUGUACAGAGACUGUAGUUUGACAGAUGAUCAGAAUGUGCAGGUGUUUUCUAAGCACGAUUAAUUCAGGUUAACAUAGUUAAAGAAGUGUAAAAAGUGGCAGUGUGCAGUUAAGCCCUCAAGAUAAAGGAAUCUUAAAUCACAACAAUAAAUGGAAAUUCACAUCGACAGUA